AUGUACAUCAACUACAACACCAACAACAACACCAUCAACUACAGCACCAACAACAACACCAUCAACUACAACACCAUCAACUACAACACCAACAACAACGCCAUCAACAACACCAUCAACUACACUAUCAACUCCACCAUCAACUACACCAUCAACUACAACACAAUCAACUACAAUUCCAUCAACAACACCAUCAACGACAACAUCAACUACAAUACCAUCAACUACACCAUCAACAACACAAUCAACAACACCAUCAACAACAACUACAAUUCCAUCAACAACACCAUCAACGACACCAUCAACUACAAUACCAUCAACUACAACACCAACAACAACGCCAUCAACAACGCCAUCAACAACACCAUCAACUACACUAUCAACUCCACCAUCAACUACACCAUCAACUACAACACAAUCAACUACAAUUCCAUCAACAACACCAUCAACAACACCAUCAACGACAACAUCAACUACACCAUCAACUACAAUACCAUCAACUACAACACCAACAACAACGCCAUCAACAACGCCAUCAACAACACCAUCAACUACACUAUCAACUCCACCAUCAACUACACCAUCAACUACAACACAAUCAACUACAAUUCCAUCAACAACACCAUCAACAACACCAUCAACGACAACACAAUCAACUCCACCAUCAACUACACCAUCAACUACAACACAAUCAACUACAAUUCCAUCAACAACACCAUCAACGACAACAUCAACUACAAUACCAUCAACUACACCAUCAACAACACAAUCAACAACACCAUCAACAACAACUACAAUUCCAUCAACAACACCAUCAACGACACCAUCAACUACAAUACCAUCAACUACAAUACCAUCAACAACAACAACUACAAUUCCAUCAACAACACCAUCAACGACACCGUCAACUACACCAUCAACCACAAUUCCAUCAACAACACCAUCAACUACACAAUCAACUACAAUACCAUCAACUACACCAUCAACAACACAAUCAACAACACCAUCAACAACAACUACAAUUCCAUCAACAACACCAUCAACGAAUCCAUCAACUACAAUUCCAUCAACUACAAUACCAUCAACUACACCAUCAACUACACCAUCAACAACACAAUCAACAACACAAUCAACAACAACUACAAUUCCAUCAACAACACCAUCAACGACACCAUCAACUACAAUACCAUCAACAACAACAACUACAAUUCCAUCAACAACACCAUCAACAACACCAUCAACUACACAAUCAACUACAAUACCAUCAACUACACCAUCAACUACACAAUCAACUACAAUACCAUCAACUACACCAUCAACUACACAAUCAACUACAAUACCAUCAACUACACCAUCAACAACACAAUCAACAACACAAUCAACAACAACAACUACAAUUCCAUCAACAACACCAUCAACUACAAUUCCAUCAACGACACCAUCAACUACACCAUCAACUACAAUACCAUCAACUACACCAACAACACAAUCAACAACAACAACUACAAUUCCAUCAACAACGCCAUCAACUACAACACCAUCAACUACAACACCAACAACAACACCAACAACUACACCAUCAACUACAACACCAUCAACUACAACAUCAACAACUACAAAAUCAACUACAACACCAAACUGCACGUAUCAAUCCAAAAUUUUCCACCCAGGGUCUUACAUGUAUAAUGGAACUGAUAGUGUGGGGAAGUGCUUUACCGUUUAUUGUGAUUCAAAGGGUACCAUUCAGAAAAUUCCAGUGGUAUG